AUGUUCUGGAUGUCAAGAUGGGCAAUUGCAAUAUGCAGUGUGAAUAAGAGCUCAACUCUAGCAAUCAACAAAGGAAAACGCAAUUGUGCAUUUCUUAUUUGUGUUGAAAGCAUCCAUCAAACAUCCGAUUCAUGGGGAUCAUCAUUUAGAUUUGUUGGAGAUCCACGAGAGAUCACAGAAGACUCCCGAGAAAAAUUCUGUGUGUUUUAG